AUGUCUCCCACGCACACGACGCAUUCCACGCAUCCAUCCAUCCAUCCCAUCCAUCCGCGCAAAUCAACCAACCAAACACCCGAAUCUCUUGUCUUUGCCAGACUGGCACCUCUUCAUCCGUUUGUCAGCUCCAUUCUUCGCCUCCCCCCUCCACCUUUACAGUCUUUCCAACCCAUCACAAAUCGAGAUCUGAGAUCCCAAUUGCUGGCUGUCAUCGUCUUGUUCCACCGUUUCCCACUUUUCGCCAUCACGGCCGCAACCAUCUCCCGCUGUGCCAAACUUCCAAGACAUAUCGACGCCGUUGAUGUUCCAACUCCACACUUUUGCAGUUUCGCCCCCGGCCUCACUGCGGCAUUCAUCCCAAGCCCAGCUCUGCAUGGAAAAGAUGGGUACCCUUUGCAUUUACAGCUACAUGGACAGAUGCAGCUACGCCAAGUUCGACUGGUGCGAGUGCGAGUGGAAGUGGAAACGCAAGUGCAAGUCUCAACCCAGUCACCGCACCCCCUCCAGCUUUCAAGUGUUGGUUGGUUGCAGUCUUCUUGCUGCUGCUCUGGCUGCCACCAAGUAUCAACCCCCGGACCGAAAGUCCUGGAUCUGGCUGUCUACCAAGAGAGAAUGAGAGGCGGGCAGAGCAAUAGGAACUGCUUCUAUGCGUCGAAGCCAACAACCUACGCAGUACACCCCCAGGCCUCAAGGUGGCAGAAACAUGACGAAUCAAGGCCCAGACAAGCCACAUUCCUUUGUUCUCCUCUGUGUCCAUCUGCAGACGUUCAACUUCAAGCCUGCCAUGUCCCAUGGGUUUGCUUCCGACAACCCAACCCACACGCCUGCUAG